AUGGAGGUGGCCCUGGUAGACUUUGAGAGACUGGAGGAACUUGACGGCAGUCUUGAGGAUGAGGCGGACACCUAUGCUGAUGAGACCACAGCUCUCACGGUGGACCUACCCCCAGAGGACAACAGCUCAGGCGGCAACUACCUUCUGCGAGCUUCUCAACUUUCCUCUACACCCUUCCACCACAGUACUGUGCCCUCCUGCAUUUGGGAAUCCACCUCAUCUUCACCCAUUCAACAAGCACAGACACUGGUGGUGCCCCAGUCCCCUACGAUACCAUCCCCAAGCAGGCAGGGGCGCAGUAGCUGCGCCAGCCUAAUCUCCAACUGGAAAUUGCUGCUAAGUAGUGAGGGCACUAAGGAGAGUGAGACUAUCUUCAAUCGGCUUGCUAAAGAGUGCUGCGAAGAUUUAUUCGCCGAUAAACCUGGGUUCGAUAAUGGAGAACAGAAAGUCAUCAUUAACAUUGCUGGUCUCCGUUUUGAGACGCAGUUCAAAACAUUGGACCAGUUUCCUGAAACCCUGCUUGGAGACCCUUUGAAGAGAAUGGAGUACUUCGAUCCGAUGAGGAAUGAGUAUUUCUUUGAUCGGAACAGACCCAGUUUUGACGGGAUCUUGUAUUACUACCAAUCAGGGGGUAAGAUCAGACGACCAGCUAAUGUUCCCCUUGAUGUGUUUGCAGAUGAAAUUGUGUUUUAUGAGCUUGGAACUGAGGCCUUGGAGCAGUUCAGAGAAGAUGAAGGAUUUAUAAAGGAUGUUGACAUACCUCUACCUUCUAAUGACGUGUUUAAGCAAUUCUGGUUACUGUUUGAGUACCCAGAGAGCUCCAAUGCUGCCCGGGGUGUAGCACUUGUGUCUGUUUUUGUUAUUGUCAUAUCCAUCAUUAUUUUCUGCAUGGAAACUCUUCCGGAAUUUAGAGAUGACUCUGACCCAGUUGUACCCACAGCUCUACAACCUUUCAACCAAUCCAGAGGCAACACGGCUCCACCUGGUGCCAAGACCACAACCUUCUCUGAUCCCUUCUUCAUCAUUGAGACCGCCUGCAUCAGCUGGUUUUUCUUUGAGCUCCUAGUGAGGUUUUUGGUCUGUCCCAGUAAAAAGGAAUUUUUCCACAACAUCAUGAACAUCAUUGACAUUAUAUCCAUAAUCCCCUAUUUUGUUACUGUGAUUACAGAAAUGAUCACAACGCCAGAAGUGAACUCAGGGCAGAACAUGUCUUUGGCCAUUCUUCGUAUCAUCCGCCUUGUCAGGGUGUUUCGUAUAUUUAAACUCUCGCGUCACUCCAAGGGACUGCAAAUCCUGGGACAGACUCUGAAAGCCAGUAUGCGUGAGCUUGGCUUGCUCAUCUUCUUCCUCUUCAUUGGAGUCAUCCUUUUCUCUAGUGCUAUCUACUUUGCUGAGGUAGAUGAGCCUAACACACAGUUUGUCAGCAUACCUGAUGGAUUCUGGUGGGCUGUGGUUACCAUGACCACUGUGGGCUAUGGGGACAUGUGUCCCAUCACCUUGGGGGGCAAGAUGGUGGGCACCCUGUGUGCCAUCGCAGGUGUGCUGACCAUCGCUUUGCCUGUUCCUGUUAUUGUCUCUAACUUCAACUACUUCUACCAUAGAGAGACAGAGGCAGAGGACAAGUUGCCGUUGAAAGAUGCUAAUGAGAAAGACAUGAAGGCUGAGACAGAGCAGGGUAGCAACACCUCGCUCAAUAUACCCAAUGGCAUCUGGCAGACAUUCAAUUAACUGAAGGACUGUUAAGAAGAAGAACAAACUUCCAUAAAGCAGUGUAAUAAUUUUUAAGAUAUAGAGAAUAUGCAGAGAUUUAACUUUCAUGAUUUGUCUUGAAGAAGGACUUAGUGAGGUAUCUUGUUUGUAUACUUAAAAAAUAUGUUUUAUAGUAAAAUACAGGGAAUACCCUAAUUACCUCUUUAGUGUCUAUUAUGAGAAUGACACAUUGUAAAUAUCAGAGAAGUCAUGUUCAAGAUGUCAACAUAUUACAAGUUUACUUUGUGUUAGGACAAUUUGUUUGUUAAGCAUAAAAAACCCUUAUUGUCAUUCUUCAGCAGUAUAUAUGUUUAAAGAUGUUUUUUAUAAUUGUGGUCUUGUUUGUAGUAUCUUGGCCAUUAAUCCUAAUGCUUAUAACAUUUUGCGCACCAGCUUGACUGCUGAGAUUUUGGACACACGGACUUGAAACACAACUUUAAAAAGAGUAAAAUGUCUUCAAGGGCCAUGAAAGUACAAGAGUUAUACAGGUUUUAACCAUACACAUUGAAUGAAAGUAAAAGAGAAGAGUUAAAUGCCACCUGCCCGCUUGUUAUUCAGAGCCCCUUCUUGGCUCAAUUUAUAGGAAUGACCUUU